AUGGAUAAGAAUUGGCUACUUAUUAAGAAUAGGACAUUACCAGAAUACUUGAAUGGUGUGGAAUAUUUUUUGAACUUUGCAUUUUCUAAUCCUGAGGUUGGUGUAAGAAUCCAAUGUCCGUGCAUUAAAUGUAAUAAUAUGCUUAGAAAAUCACGCGAUGAGGUUAAGACAGACUUACUUAGGUGGGGAAUAGAUCCGACCUAUGAUAGGUGGAUUUAUCAUGGUGAGUCGGAUUCAUCUUCAAAUGAUGAAACAAAUUCCAAUACAGAUUCAAAUUUAGGGAAUGAUGAUGCUCGCACUUUUGAAAUGUUGCAUGACAUGUAUCGUGGUAUUCCCUCUAAUAGUCGUGAGUUUGAUGAGACCACUGAGCCUAGGUACGAAGAGCCAAAUACAGAAGCUAAAAGUUUUUAUAGGUUAUUAAAGGAUGCAGAGCAAAAGUUAUAUCCAGAUUGUGAAAAGUUCUCCAAACUAUCAUUUGUAAUGCGUCUUUUUCAGAUGAAGUGCCUACAUGGCUGGAGUAAUACUUCUUUUGACUCUUUGUUAAAAUUAUUGAGUGACGCUCUUCCCAAAGGAAAUGUGCUCCCUAAUUCUAUCUAUGAAGUUCAAAAGAUCAUAAAAGAUUUGGGUCUAGAUUAUGUGAAGAUAAACGCAUGUGUUAAUAAUUGCAUUUUAUAUAGAAAGGAAUAUGCUGAUCUUGAGCAAUGCCCUAGAUGUAGUGAAAAAAGAUGGAUAGUAAGAAAAGGAGAAGAUAUUGAUGAUGAAGUUGCUUUAAGAAAAUUGAAUAAGAGAAAUAAAAGAAUUCCUAGAAAGAUUCUUAGAUACUUUCCUUUGAUACCACGAUUAAAACGAUUAUUUAUGACAAAACAAACCGCGGAAGAUAUGACAUGGCAUAAAAAUAAGAGAGUUGAUGAUGGAGUAUUAAGGCAUCCAGCUGACGCAUUGGCAUGGAAAACUUUUGAUGAAAAACAUUCAAAUCCACGUAAUGUAAGAUUUGGGCUUGCUUCAGAUGGUUUUAAUCCUUUUGGUUCGAUGAGUAAUGCCUAUAGCAUGUGGCCAGUAGUUUUAAUUCCAUAUAAUCUCCCCCCAUGGAUAUGCAUGAAACAAUCUAAUAUUUUGUUAUCCUUACUUAUUCCUGGACCAAAAAGUCCUGGUAUGAAUAUUGACGUAUACCUCCAACCCUUGAUUGAUGAUUUAAAAACCUUAUGGGAGAGUGGAAUCGAGACUUAUGAUGCUUUUAAGAAACAAAAUUUUCACUUACGUGCUGCUUUGUUGUGGACGAUUAAUGACUUUCCAGCUUAUGGUAUGUUAUCUGGUUGGAGCACCAAAGGUAAAUUAGCUUGUCCAGUUUGCCAUGUACAUACUUGUUCCCUAUACUUGAAACAUGGUCGAAAACAUUGCUAUAUGGGUCAUCGUAGGUUCUUGAAGAUAAAUCAUCCUUAUCGUCGGAAUAAAAGUUCCUUUGAUAAUACAAAGGAAGAAAGACUUGCACCACAAGCUUUGAGUGGAGAUGAUGUUCUUGCACAACUUAAUACAUCUUCACAAGGAUUAGUUGGUGGCAACACAAGAAAAAGAAAAAGAAAUGUUGAAAGAUGUGACAAUUGGAAGAAGAAAAAUAUAUUCUUUGAACUCCCAUAUUGGAGGACUUUAUUGUUGAGACAUAAUCUGGAUGUGAUGCAUAUUGAAAAGAACAUUAGUGAAAGUGUGAUAGGAACUCUGUUGGAUAUUGAAGGGAAAACAAAGGACACAUUGAAAUCUCGAUUGGACAUACAAGAGAUGAAAAUCAAAAAGCCCCUUCAUCCAAUAAAAAGUGGGGAUAAGUACAUACUACCUCCAGCAAGCUAUACAAUGUCUAAAGAUGAGAAGAUACAAUUUUGUCAACUCGUCAAAGAAGUCAAGUUUCCUGAUGCUUAUGCUUCUAACAUUGGUCGUUGUGUCAAUGUUAAUGAAGCUAGAAUAUUUGGACUUAAAAGUCAUGACCACCAUGUCCUUUUUCAGCGUAUUGUUCCUCUUAUCAUCAAAGGAAUUUUGCCAAAGGAUGCAUAUGAUCCCUUAAUUGAAUUGUCAUUAUUCUUCAGUGAUUUGUACGCUAAAGAGUUGCAUGUGGAAAGAGAACAUUUAGAAAUAUUGGCAAAGGAAAAUAAUAGAAAUGUAGCCAAGAGACACAAAGAAGAAUUUCCUUUGUGGUUUGAAGAAAAGGUGGUCCAGUUAAGAGAGAAUGACGAUGGUCGAGUUACAGAUGAAUUGUUAGCUUUGGCAAGACUUCAAGAUAAUCGUGUUUAUUGCCAUAAAGGAUAUAUCUUAAAUGGAUUUAGGUUUCGAACAAUGGAAUCUGAAUUUUAUUUGAAAACCCAAAAUAGUGGUGUAGUUGUAAAGAGUGAUGAGCAUACAGAAAAUGUUGAUUAUUAUGGAAAGAUAAGAGAGAUUUUAGAGAUCCAAUAUAUGGGUUAUUCAGUCAUAUUAUUCAAGUGUGACUGGUUUGAAGUUCCUCCCCAAGGUCGAAGUCAAAGUAGAGGUUACGAAAGGGAUGAAUAUGGAUUCAUACGUGUAGAUGUGACACGACUCCGUUACACAAAUGAUCCACACAUUAUAGGCUCACAGGCUCAAGCUGUGUAUUAUGUUAAACAUGGUCAAAGUGAGAAAUGGCAUGCUGUGGUAAGGGUAAGACCACGAAAUUUGUAUGAUAUUCCCGAACAAGAAGAUGAAGCGGAGCCAUAUCAAUUAAUUGACUUGGUUGAAAGGGAACAAGCAAGCCUUCAAGCAAAAUCAAACAAUGAUGUCAUAGUAAUACAAAGAGAAGAUAUUGAUGGAGUGAGUGUUGAAGCACCUUCUAUUAAUAAUGAAGAAGAAGUAGAUUUAGAAGUUGGGGAAGAAUCUGAUCAUGAAAAUGGGGAUGACUUUAAUAAUUCCGCAACAGAUGAAGAAUACUUUUCUGAGGAAGAAUAUCUUUCCGAAGAAGAAUAUAAUGAACACGAGGAUGAUGAUUGGUUGUGA